GAUUGCAUUCGCCUGUCUCUUGCUUUUCCCUCUUCAAAAAGAGCGCGCCCAGUAAGCCACCUUCAUAAAGCUAUUCUCUGUAAAUUCAGAGAAAUCAGAGUUAAUGAAAAAACGGCUGUUCCAGCCUUUUCUUAAAGCAUCAUAUGGUAGUUCAGGGAGGGGAUACCUAGAAUUCUACUCUAUUAUUUCACGUUCCUCACAACUUUUUGGUUUCUUUCUUUUCUUUUCCCUCGAGUAAUUCUAAGGUUAAUGUUAAUGGAAAACGCCAAUAUUGUUUACCUAACGUUUUUGGGUCUCCUAUGCCUUCUAAAAUCGGGUCAAUCAGCACCAAACUCAGCAAGAAAUUAUGUGAAAGAUGCAUGUAGUGUAACCAGAUACCGUGCCCUUUGUAUCAACACACUAGCACCAUUUUCCAGCUUUGCUAAGACAAGUCCAAGCAAGUGGGCGCGAGCCGGGGUUUCAGUGACUAUAGGAGAAACCAAGAAUGUUGCAAAGUUCUUACAGAAAGUAAAGAAUUACAGGGAGAUGAGAGGGAGAUACAAAGUUCCCCUCUCAGAUUGCAUUGAGUGCUUUCAAAAUGCUAUUGACCAGCUACACCGCUCACUUGGGGUUCUUCGGAAGCUAAGUGCCAGAAAUUUUUAUACGCAGAUGGGGGAUGUUACUACUUGGUUGAGUGCAGCACUAACUGAUCAAGAUACUUGCUUGGAUGGUUUUGAGAAUCCAAGGGGAAAGCUAGCCAAAAUGCUGCGAAAUCGGGUUUUGAGGUCCUCAUAUUUUACUAGCAAUGCUCUGGCUUUGGUCAAUAAACUUGCAACCUGCGGCUUGCAAAGCUUCAAUUAAUGAUCCUUUAAGAUAGGUAAAUUAUUAACACGAGACUAUACGGUAGCAUAUUUCAGCUGAAUCAGUAUGAUAACAAAACCACAAGGCAUCAAAGCAUAUUUUGAUUCCAUGCACUAUGUAUCAAUAUUUUGCUUGUUUAUGUAGAGCCCUUGUUUUGAAUUCUAUCUGCUUUAAAGGCUUUCUUUUACUUUUCUUUCAAUUAAAGGGCUUUCACAAAGGCCAAGGCCCCAAGCCUGUUUAUGUGGAACUAGUUCUGUUAAUGCCGAACCGGUGUCGAUGCUUUGCUCUGUAUCUGCUCUAAACUUGUCUAUAGCUUGGGUCACAAGCUCAGGCUA